AUGACGGCUUUCUUCUGUCGCAGGUAUCCCGACUACUGGACGGAUUACAUGUGGUUGGUGAUAUGUGGCGCAAUCAUGUCUUUCGUAAUGGCUGCUGGUAUUGGAGCCAACGACGUGGCUAACAGUUUUGGAACGUCCGUGGGCGCCAAGACAAUUACCUUAAAGCAGGCGUGCUUGAUCGCUGCCGUGUUCGAAUUUGCGGGCUCCAUCGGCCUGGGUGGCGAGGUGACCAAAACCAUCGCCGGAAACAUUGCUCGACCGGAAGCUUUCCGAGAUGAUCCCGAGCUGUUCGCUUUCGGUAUGCUAUGCGCGCUGGUGGCUGCGUCCACCUGGGUCUUUACGGCGACGUACUUCUGCCUCGCAGUCAGUACAACACAUAGCGUCAUUGGUGCCGUGCUCGGAUUCGCCCUGGUCUGGAAAGGCAAGAGCGCCGUUGUCUGGAACGACAAGGUGAAUGCGUUCCCCUACUCCAAGGGCCUCGUACCGGUCGUCUGCUCCUGGUUCGUAUCGCCCUUGUGCGCGGGUAUAUCCGCAGCCUUCCUGUUCUUCAUCAAUCGAUUAAUCAUCCUGCGUCGUCAAAACAGCACAACUCUGGCCAUCUACAUGUACCCCGUCCUUGUUGGCAUUACCGUCUUCAUCAACUUGUUCUUCGUGAUCUCUAAGGGCGCCAAGGCCGUCGUGAAGUGGAACUCCAACAAGGCCGCCUGGGUAUCGGGUGCAGUGUCCGGUGGCUGCGUCCUCCUGGCGUGUGUGCCAGGUAUUCCGCUGCUACGCUGGGCAGUGCGACGCGACAUGGAGAGGGCUGCACAGAAGGCGGCAGACGCGGAGGCCAACGCAGACAAGAUGCAGGUGGAAGAGCUGGAGGAGCCGGAACCCACAUCUAAGUACAUGAAGUUCCUUAACAAGAUUAAAAAGGCGGCCACACACGGCCUUAACAAAGACAUUCAUAAGAAAGUGGAGACCGACCAGGAGGUGCACGACAUGCACGCCGCUGCGGAGAUCUUCAACCCCGAGACGGAGCAGGUGUACAAGUAUCUGCAGGUCUUCUCGGCCUGCGCGGUGUCCUUCGCCCACGGCGCUAACGAUGUGGCCAACGCCGUGGGACCGUUCUCCGGAAUCUGGUACGUGUACCGCAAGUGGGCUGUGUCGUCCAACGGUGAUACGCCGUACUGGGUGCUGGCGCUGGGCGGCAGCGGCAUCGUGGUGGGGUUGGCGACGUACGGAUACAACAUUAUGUCGACGCUGGGUGUUGGUCUGGCGAAGAUGACGCCGUCUCGUGGCUACUGUGCGGAGCUGGCGACGUCCUUCACUGUGUCGUUGGCAUCAGUGUACGGCCUGCCUAUCUCCACGACUCAAUGUAUCACGGGGGCGGAGAUUGGUGUCGGCCUUGUUGAAUCUAUUCGCACAGGCGUCAACUACAAGCUCUUCGGCAAACAAAUUUUGGCUUGGGUCUUCACUCUCAUUGUUGCGGGCUUUCUGUCGGCCGCCUUCUUCGCCGUAGGGGCCUACGCGCCAUCCGUCAACAUGGGCAAGGCAAGUGGUUUCGAAGCGGCUCCGAGUAGCCCCACUACGGUGGGGGCGGGGGGCACCCGUGAUACUCCCUGA